AUGAUCACCAGUUAUUCGGCACUGCUAUGGCCAGGGUCGACGGUCACAGCGCUGUACAUGCUGGUCCUAGUAGCCAUCAUCCUGGCGCUGGUCGUCAGUCUCUAUCGGCUCUUUCUUCACCCACUUCGAGCCGUUCCGGGCCCAAAACUGGCCGCCGUUACAGACUUCUAUCGGUUCUAUUUCGAUGUCUUCGGGGAUGGAAUGGUCAAAACUAUCCCAGAGCUCCACGAGCGCUACCACUCCACGGUGGUACGGAUUGGACCCAACUACGUCCAUGUUCAAGAUCCGCAGGAUUACCAUAAAAUCUUCUCGCGCAACUCUCCCUUUCUGAAAUGGGGUGGUUUCUGGCACAACAGAGGCGGGGCGGCCUUGAUUCUCUCAGUUACGGAUCCGAAAAGACACCGGACCAUGCGGGCCGUGAUGAACCCAUUCUUCUCUAAGGGCGCCGCGGAUCGUCUGGCCAAGGGCUUUGUACGCCGGCUGAACAAGGCGUCGGAUAUCAUGAUGCAACAGUCCCAGGAUGGAGCACCGAUUGACCUGCUGAAUCUCUAUCGCUCACUCACGUGCAAUACGGUGGCCGAGGUCCUUUUGGGCGAAUCAGAGUUGGUCCCUACGGGUCAUCGAUCUGACUUGCUGGGCGUGAUGGAUGAGAUAGGCUCCCGGUCCUUACUCCUGUUGAACUUUCCCUUCUUGCAGCUCGUCGGCGCGAAGAUUCCGCCGAGCAUCGUGGAUUCCCUGGCCCCUGGUCUCGGAUUCCUUCGAGAGAAAUGCGACGCUCUUAUCGAAAAGUCCCACGCGAGGGGCCGCGACACACCAUCUGCAGAGAAGCCGUGCUCCAUGUGUGAAAUGUUGGUCGAGAAGAACCCUGUCGGAGCGCUGUCAACGGACAUGCAUCGCGAUCUAAUGCAGCACAUGCUCCAGUUCCUGGUUCCGAACACGGAUUCCUCAGCGGUAACACUGUCCGCUGCAAUAUUCCAGGUUAGCCAAUCGCCAGCCAUGCGCCAUCGCCUCCGCAGCGAGCUGGUCAACUACACUCUCGACAGUGAUGAUUGGAGCAGCCUGAUGCAGUUGCCCUACCUCACAGCUGUUGUCAAGGAGACUCUCCGGAUGUAUCCCGGCCUGCCUGGCCUCCUGCCCAGAGUAGUUCCGACCGGGGGAUACACAGUUGGUGAACAAUACCUGCCUGCCGGUGUACAUCAACCAUUACGCUAUCUCAUAUACGCCCUGCACCAGAACGACAAGGCGUACUCAGAACCGACCAAAUUCAUCCCCGAACGGUGGCUGGUGGCCAGCAACAACGACCGCGAUCGUUGCUUCGCUCCGUUCCAGAAGGGCAAUCAUGCCUGUAUCGGGACCAAUCUUGCAUAUAUGCAGUUGUAUCUUGGGAUUGCACACAUGAUCAAGCGAUUUGAUCUGCACCUGUGCGAGCCUGUCUCUUCAGAGUGGCAAUGGAUCGAUCGCGCUGGCGCAAAGCCAGCGUGGCCUGUGUUCACCCGAGUUGUUAAGGAUCAUGCAAGCACACAAGCUUCACACAGGUCUGUCACAGGUGUAUAA